UGUCUUCAGGCCGAAGUCUGCUGAUUUAAGGAUGGACAAGCAGAGUAACAACUUGUACUCUGCACUGUGUUGGAGUAUACACUGACAUAGUUGAUCUUGUGGUUCUUGGUGAGCUUUGUCCUUAAGUUUGUGCACACAUUACAAUUUAGAGCAGUUAUACUCUAUUGGCGGGUUGUACUCAGAGCUAGCGGUGUUUUCUGCACUCUCUCCAUUUCCUCUUACUUGGAGUGUUUGAAUCUCCUCUGGUACUGUCUCUCGUGGUAUUUGUGAGUUCACAAUAGGGGCAAUUAUAGGCAUCUAUGUCUACCUCUAAUAAUACAUACGUAAAACACGAUAAUUAUGAUAGUGACUAUAACGGCUAUGCUGCCACCCUUUACUAAAUAAUGAUUUUGGGUGCCUAAUCUGUCUGAAUCACUUCACAUCUAGGGGGAAGAGUAGUCUUUAACAACACUGACAGCUCUGGUCAUAAAGUCACUCCUAUUCCUCUGUUCCUGCUCUUUUAAAUUUGAAGUCUUUACUUUAAUUUGGAUUUAUAUAUUUUCCGGUGAGUUUCACUUUUGUUCCUUUGGAAAAGAUGUCUUGGAAGUUUAGAGAGAGUUUGUAAAGAAAGUGGUGAAUCGGUACAAGCAAGUAAUGCAUUGAAACAAAUUUUGAAUGCUACAUAUCAAGUUGAAGUUACUGUUAAAACUAGUUCAACAUUUUUACGAGCACUUUUUGAGAAAAUGAAGCAGCUAGUUCAAGCAUUGCCCUGGAAAACACCACCACACAUAGACAAAGACUGGAAAAGAAAAGUGGCUUCUGAUAUGUUAGCUAGUCUGAGUCCCUUACGUUUAUCAAGAUCUAUUUGAUCUCAAUUUCGAGAGAGAUUAAAAACAUCUCAUGAUCAUUUUGCUGCAUCUCUCAGACAAUUAGAAGCUAUUCAUUCUGGAAGAUUGGAAAGAACAGAGGAACAAAGAUUAAAAGUUUGAAAAGUUCAUGCACCAAGGAUUGCAAAAUAUGCAUUACAAAGCACUUCAUUGACAGACAUGUUAUUAUUUGGAAUGCCACAAAUUGGAAGAGAGAUUGGUACAGGUCAGUGUGGUGUAGUUUAUGCUUGUGAUUCAUGGGGUGGCUUUUCACCAUGUGCUAUAAAAUCUGUUCUCCCACCUGAUGAUAAACAUUGGAAUGAUUUAGCUAUGAAAUUUUAUUAUACAAGAAGUAUACCAGAACAUGAUUGUAUUGUCCAAAUUAGUGGUUCAGUAAUUGAUCAUUCUUAUGGAAGUGGAAGCACGCCUGCUGUUUUGUUGAUAAUGGAAAGAUUACAAAGAGAUUUAUAUUCAGCUAUCAAGAUGGGAUUAAAUUGGAUGUGUCAAUUACAAGUAGCUUUAAAUGUAGUAGAAGGCAUUAGAUUUUUACAUAGUCAAGGUCUUGUUCAUUGUGACAUUAAAUUGAAAAAUGUACUGUUGGAUAAAAGAAAUCGUGCCAAAAUAACUGAUUUAGGUUUUUGUAAACCAGAAGCAAUGAUGUCUGGAAGUAUUGUUGGUACACCUAUUCACAUGGCACCAGAACUUUUCAGUGGACGAUAUGACAACAGUGUUGAUGUUUAUGUCUUUGGAAUUUUAUUUUGGUACAUCUAUGCAGGUCAUGUAAAAUUGCCUUAUGUUUUUGAGCAAUGCCAAAGUAAAGAUCAGUUAUGGAAUGCUGUUCGGAGAGGUGCAAGACCAGAAAGAUUACCUCAGUUUGAUGAUGAUUGCUGGCAAUUAAUGGAAGAAUGUCGGGCUGGUGAUCCAGGACAGCGCCUAUUGUUAGGCGAUGUAGAACCUCGUCUAACAAGAAUAAUGGAGCGUUACAUGGAUAAACCUGCUCCAAGUUCUCGACUCUUAGAGAAGGAAGUUGGUUUCUUGUCGAGUAGUCCCUACAUUGAUUUGGAAUUUUGUCCUGGUUAAUCAUUCUGAGUAAUCAGCAUAUUAUCAACAAUUCAACCAGAGACAUUGUUUCUCUUCUGUCUUAACAUACAGAUGCCAUACUGUAUCUUACAAGGAAGACAGAGUCAUCAGUUGUGGGGUUCAGGGGGCCGUAAAGAUUUAUUAUGCACUUUUUUGAGUAGA